AUGGGUGAGUUGUCACAAGAAGUGGAUGACCUGCUGUACGGCGAGGGCAAUUUCAAUUUUCUGGAUGAGUUCAACACGCAGGGUUCCCAGUUCGAGAACCUCAGUCAGAACACCCUGGAUAUGCCCUAUGACACAACGCAAGGUACGCAGGAAGGUACACAAGAUGAGCAGAGGUCUGGCUUGUCGCAGGAGCCGGUGGUCUCGUUGCUGGAUCAGACCACAGCUGAGCUCCAGUUCGAUGACCUAGACAUGAACGAUGAGUUUGAGCCUCCUUAUGAUCCAAAGGAUCUGCCAGAGCAUGCCUGCAGGUACUGCGGUAUUCACAGCCCUGGUAGUGUGAUGAAGUGCCGCGGUGAUGGCAAGUGGUUCUGCAAUAAUCGGCUUCCAGGACUUCCAAGUAGCUGUAUCAUUCUGCAUCUUGUAAGAGCCAAGCAGAAGGAGGUAUCUUUGCAUCCCGAAAGCCCUUUAGGGGAAAUUGUUUUGGAAUGCUACAAUUGUGGUCAGCGGAAUGUGUUUCUGCUGGGCUUCAUCGCAGCGAAAAGCGACUCCGUGGUGGUUCUGCUCUGCCGCGUUUGUCUCUCGAACAAUGCGCUUAAGGACUCCAAUUGGGACCUUGGUCAAUGGCAGCCCCUCAUUGAGGAUCGUAGCUUUUUGCCUUGGCUGGUGAAGGUGCCAGAUCCCAAGGAACAAAUGCGCUCCUGGAACAUCACAGCAGCGCAGGUCAACAAGCUCGAAGAGAUGUGGAAGACCAAUCCAGACGCCACCAUAGAGGACUUAGAUGGAAAGUCUGGUCCAGGCAUGGAGGAUGACCCACAGCCGGUGAUGCUCCGGUACGAGGAUGCUUACCAGUACCAGCAUGUGUUUGCCCCGCUGGUGAAGAUGGAGGCUGACUACGACAAGAAAGUGAAAGAGUCGCAGUCGCAGGAGAACGUAGUGGUCAGAUGGGAUAUCGGUCUCAACAAGAAGCGGAUUGCAUAUUUUCACUUCACCAAAGAGGACAGCGAGGCACGGUUGGUGCCGGGCGAUGAACUGCGUCUGCGCUUAAACUCAUCUGCCUAUGCCAACCUUGCAAACGCAGAUGAGACUGGUUGGAAUGCCGUGGGUCACGUCUCGAAGAUCACGGCAAACGAGGAGGUUGCCUUGGAGCUCCGUGGACCUCAGCAGGUAGGCCCAUGGGACAUCAACCAUGGCUUCCAAGUGGAGUUUGUUUGGAAGUCCACAUCCUUUGACCGCAUGCAAGCUGCCAUGCGCACCUUUGCGGUAGAUGACACCAGCGUCUCUGGUUAUUUGUACCACAAACUCCUGGGUCAUGAUGUGGAGCCUCAGACCAUUCGUGCGAAUGUGCCGAAGCAUUUCACAGCUCCAAACCUUCCACAACUGAACCACUCGCAGGUCUACGCAGUGCGGAAAGCAUUGUCAAAUCCAUUGUGCCUCAUCCAGGGACCUCCAGGAACAGGAAAGACCGUGACCAGUGCCACCAUUGUUUUCCACCUCACUCGGCAGAAUCAGGGUCAGGUCUUGGUUUGUGCUCCCUCCAACAUUGCUGUUGACCAGCUGGCUGAGAAGCUACACAAGACAGGUCUGAAAGUGGUGCGUUUGAGCGCAAAGAGCCGCGAAGCAGUGGCUAGCAGUGUUGACUUCUUGACAUUGCAUCACCAGGUGAGACAUUUGGACACACCUGACCACCAGGAGCUGCAGAAGCUGUUGGCCCUGAAGGAUGAGUUAGGUGAGUUGUCUCAUGCAGAUGAGAAGAAGUUCAAACAGCUGCAGAACUCCACGGAGCGCGAAUUGCUCACAGCCGCAGAUGUAAUUUGCACAACAUGCGUUGGAGCUGGUGACCCGCGACUGCAGAACUUCCGCUUCAAGCAGGUUUUGGUGGAUGAAUCGACUCAGGCCACUGAGCCAGAGUGCCUCAUCCCAAUCAUGAUGGGUGCCAAGCAGAUUGUGUUGGUUGGAGAUCAUUGCCAACUUGGCCCUGUCAUCAUGUGCAAGAAGGCCGCCAAGGCUGGCUUGCAUCAGAGCCUUUUCGAGCGCCUGAUCUUUUUGGGCAUUCGACCGGUGCGAUUGGAGGUGCAAUACCGAAUGCACCCGUGCCUCUCGGAAUUUCCAUCGCAGUCCUUUUACGAUGGCUCUUUGCAAAACGGCGUGACUUUGAAUGAGCGUCUUUAUGCAGGAAUCGACUUCCCUUGGCCUCGCCAAGGGCUCUGA